AUGGGAUUCUUGGGCCCUGAGCAGACCAUCGUCGAACAGCUGAAUGUCGAAGUCGAUGCGAGGAGCAACAUCAAAGCGCCGAUCGGCAAAUACCGCACGUCAGUUUCCGGCGUCUAUUCAGCCGGUGACUGUAGACGAGGUCAGUCGUUGGUCGUGUGGGCGAUAAACGAGGGUCGCCAAGCUGCGCGAUCGAUUGACUUCGAUCUGAUGGGCAAAACUUCGUUGGCCGGACCUGGAGGAAUGGUCGCAGCCGCUAUAAAUGGCAACGGAACACCCUGUUGUUAA